AUAAACUCAAACUGUUAUUGUUUCUGAAAGUAAAUGCUCCGGCUCAAUGUAGGUGGCAAGGAAUUUGUCACUUCUAAAGCGACUCUAACAAAGUUCGAUGGAUACUUCAAGAAUUUGCCUGAAAUUCAGGAAAUGAACCCGACAUCAGUUGCUCCGGGAAGCCAGAUUUUACGGAUUGGUGAAAUUAGUGAGAGAUUGUGAGCAAGCAAUUGCAAGAUUGGAUGUAGGCUCAGGCAGGCCAAGUGAGAGAUGGGAUCCGUUGCCAGACAUUAUUUGCAACAGUAGAUCUAUUUCAAAUAAUGUUGCUCCAGCCGUCGUGGAGUCUGAAAUAAAGACUCCAAACAACGAGAAUGACCUACCAAUACUGCCGGAGUACAAUGCUAACCAAAACGUUAUCAAAAAUAGCGAGAAAAUGAUGUUGGAACUCAAAAUCGAAAGCUUCCCUACACGCCCAAAAGAUGCCACCGUCACAAGUUACGGUAUUUAUGUAAAAGAGGUGUUCUCCGAAAUCCUAGCUGCAGCCUGGGAAACAAUCUCGAAUUGGGACCCUAAAACAGCAGGCGAGACACUUCAAUUUGCACACCGAGGCAUCAGAGGGACCCUAUCGUUUUUGACUGAUUCUAAAAGACUUUGUGGCGUGGCAGCUUCAUCGUUUGCCGAAUUGCGUAAAUUAUGGACGUGGGUGUCCAGAGUCUUCGUUCCUGUUUGAAUAUAAUACAAACUUCUUUUAAAAAUUGAAACCUCUAUUUCUCCAUUUCUUCCCUAAUCUCACCCCAAUCAACCUUUUCCCCUGCUUUACUCAUUCCUAUUGGAAAAUAUCUUUUUCACUGCCCCUCUUCCUACAACGAUUUCUACUCAUUUGAAAGUUCAAGUUAUAUGUGUUUGCCUUAAAGGUAGUGUUGUCAAAUUUUUUAUUGCUUUUUUUUAUUGUCUGAAAACGUCAAAUUUCAAAAUGAAACGCCUUGAAAACUUC